GUAGGUAUAGUGAAAAACGAGAAAAUUAUAAUUUUGGUUCUUGCAGUUUUGAACAAAAUUUAUCAAUUUAAACCCGGCAAGGAAGUCGAAGGAAGAAUAAAGGGCUUGAAGCGAAACAUAAAUGAUUAUCAGGAAAUAUGAUGGCCUCCGAAUUUGAUCCAGUUUUAUCGAAGCUGUUGACUUCCUUGAACGAAGCUGACAAUAAACUUUCUGGAGAACAAGAACUUCAGUUUUUACAAUCACUUUUGCAGUCGAAAGAGAUUAAUGCACUUGUUAAUGUUCACCACAAAGUUGCCAAAAUUGGAAAAGAUGAUCGUAUUGCUCCCGUUUUAUCAGCCUCUAUGCAGGUUGCUUUGGAAAUUCUUGAACUUUUAGCUCCCCGGUGCCAUAUUUCACCGGUUGCCAAAGAACUUUUUCAUUUACUUCAAACACCCCACUUACAGAGCUUGAUGUGUGCUCAUGACGCUGUAGCGCAAAAAGACUUUUAUCCACAUUUGCCUGAAAUUCCUGUUGAAAUGGAUGAAGAUGAAGAAACUAUAAAAAUUGUUCAACUAGUCAAAAGUAACGAGCCUUUGGGCGCAACCAUUAAAACUGAUGAAGAGACGGGAAAAAUUAUCAUAGCUCGGAUAAUGCAUGGUGGUGCUGCCGACAGAUCUGGUCUGAUUCAUGUCGGCGACGAAGUAAUUGAAGUUAACAACAUUAAUGUAGAAGGCAAAACACCUGCUGAUGUUCUAACUAUUUUGCAAAACUCUGGUGGAAUAAUAACAUUCAAGCUCGUUCCAACUGAUGGUAAAAUGGGUCAACGUGAGAGUAAAGUACGAGUUAAAGCGUAUUUUGACUAUGAUCCCGACAACGAUCCAUACAUUCCAUGCAAAGAAGCUGGACUUGCUUUUAAUCGCGGUGAUAUUCUGCACAUUGUUUCACAGGAUGACGCGUAUUGGUGGCAAGCAAGAAAGGAAGUUGACAAAACUACUCGUGCAGGUUUGAUCCCUUCACGCGCAUUACAAGAACGUCGCAUAAUUCAUGAGAGAAAUCAAAUCUCUAAAGAUACAAGUGGAAGUGAAUCAAAAACGGAAAAUGACGAUUUUGAUCGUGAGUUGAUUCCAACUUACGAGGAAGUUGCUAAGCUGUUUCCAAGACCAGGAGUUUACCGUCCAAUUGUCUUGAUCGGUGCACCUGGUGUUGGCAGGAAUGAACUUAUUCGUUUACUAAGCACAAAAGAUUCAGAAAAAUAUAUUUCUCCAGUACCUUAUACAACGCGACCAAUGCGCCAAGGUGAAGUAUCUGGACGUGAAUACAUUUUUGUGUCACGUGAGAAAAUGGAAGCUGACAUCGCAAGUGGCAAAUUUAUUGAACAUGGAGAGUUUAAAGGUCAAUUAUAUGGAACAUCAGCUGACAGUGUCAAAAAUAUUAUGAAUGUUGGAGGAGUUUGCAUUUUGAAUCCACAUUAUCAAGCUAUCAAAGCAUUGAGAACACCACAACUGAAGCCAUAUAUAAUUCACAUCAAGCCUCCCGCGUUCCAAGAGUUGAAAAUGUCGAGACUCACAUCGAAAGCUAUUUCAACUCAUGAUGAGACGAGAUCUCGAGGAUUCACGGAUGACGAGUUUAAUGAAAUGAUUAAAUCAGCUGAUCGAAUUGAAUUUCUUUACGGUCAUUUCUUUGAUGACACUAUCAUUAAUGAUGACCUUGAUGCAGCAUUUGAUAAAUUGGAGAAAUCCGUGACUCGCGCUGAGAAUGAAUCAAUUUGGGCGCCAGCUUAUUGGGUGCAAUAGAAAAGUUUUUUUUCUUGUUUUUCCUUUUUCGUUUUCUUGUUAACUAUUUAUUAUUAAUUAUUUAAUUGAUUUGUGGCUAAAUAAAAGCAAAUGUUUGAGCUGUAAAAAAUUUAAAAAUCUAUACAACGUCAAAUUGUCAUCGCACUUCUUACUUUCGCCACAUGUGAUGAAGAAAAAUCCCCGUUUGAAAUUUAUUUUUCAUAUCCUAGAAAAUGUACCUAGAGGAGCUGUUGUAGAAAAGAUUAAAGAAACCUUCAAAGCAAAAGACAAACUGCAAACAUCCAAUGCCAUCAAAGUAAAUAAUGCUUCUUUAUGUAAAGAAUCCAUUAUGUAUUGAAAGGAUAAUUAAUAGUUCUAUUGUCAUGCUCUAAUAAUAUUGAAAACUGAACAUAAUUAUUAAAUAAAAGAAGAAAUAUAAAUUUGUGAAAAAGAUCGUCUUACUUAUUACCAUUUAUCGAUUAUUUGUUUACAACAUUUAUUUACCGAAGUUUUAAGCAUGUUAAAUGUGAAGGAUUUACUUUGGAUG